UUGCAUGUGUGGUUGAGCACGGCUUCGGGUCGGCCAAGGUCCACAAAGAAUGGAAACCUCACUGCAGCAGGCAAGAGCACACAAGGGCCGGGUGCUGUCCUGUGGGAUGGAUGACACCCAGGAGCAGGACCAGUACGAGGAGCGCCUAAAAGAAGUCUUUAACAGUUUUGAUGCCAGCGGCUCCGGCUCUCUGAGCCCGGAGGAGCUCGCCGACCUCUGCCUGUCGCUGCAGCUGGAUGAUGCAACUCCUGCUCUUCUCCACACGUUGCUGCAGAGCCAGGACCGCCUCGCUGCCCGGGUUGACUUUGACCAGUUCAAGGAUGCACUGAUUUUGGUGUUGUCAUCGACUCUUGAGCCCCGACAAGAAGAACAGGAGACCGUGUCAAAACCAGAAUCUCCUGAGAUCAAACCGAAGUUUGUGAAGGGCAGCAAACGUUACGGCCGCCGCUCCACGCCGGAGUUCACAGAGCCCAUCGCGGGCUUCUCUGAGGUCACGGACGCAAACACGGCGGCGGAGGAAGAUCCGGAGGACAAAUAUGACUCGGCGGUUCCCCGGAAGCGUGAGCGCUGGAAUGCUCACGAAACAAGCACAGAGGAGUACGAGGCAGAAGGCCAGAUGCAUCUCUGGAACCCCGAUGAGCCGAGCACGCCUCGGGGGGCCGUCCAGCCUCGGUCCCCCGGUUUAGAGGAGAGACUGCGCGACGCCUGCGACGAGCUGCAGAUACCGUGGGACGGAUGUGCCGGUUACUCGGAACUCCAUGCGCUCUGUGAGCACCUGAGGCUGGAGCCACAUUUGGAUGUGCUCCAGAAUCUAACCAGCGACGGAGUGAUGGAUGUUCAGGAGUUUGUCUCCAGAGUUUUGAACCCCAACAAACCCCCCACGCCGGCCUCCUCCACGCCCUACAGACAGCUCAAACGACACCACUCCACCCAGCCCUUUGACGAGGGAGGUCGGAGGACCACCACUUCUUCUGCUCUGACUAGCACCAUCGGCAUGCGUCUCUUCUCCACCCUUGAUGACGGUACCGGUUUCACUCCAGUGGAAUACAUUUUGGAUGCCUGGAUGGAUGAGGGAAUAGAAAACAGCACUGAAAUCCUGCAGGCCUUGAACUUCAGCCUAGAUGGCAAACUGAGCCUUUGCGAUCUCACCAUGGCACUUGAGAAUGAGCUCCUCCUCACUAAGAACGGGAUCCACCAGGCGGCACUGGCCAGCUUCAAAGCUGAGAUCCGACAUCUUCUAGAGAGCGUAGACAGAGAACUCUGUGAGAAAGAGAAAAUACGAUCAGACUUGGAAAAAGCCGAGAAACUAAAGACUCAGCUCGCCACUGAGGUGGAUGAACGUCACGCUGCGAUUGAACAUACGAACAACCUCAAUCUCAGGAAGCUUGAACAGGAGCACAAAGAGAAGCUCGCAGCGGUACGAUCUGAGCUGAUGACGGAGAUGGAUCAGAUGCAGGUGCAGGCCGGCCUGCAGCGCGAGGAACUGGAAGCAGAGGUGGACAAGAUCAGGGAGGAGGAAUCCUUUCUCCGAGACCACCUCUCCAUCUCUGUGAAGGAAAACAGACGCCUUGAAAUGGAGUUGUUGGACAGUACUGAAAAACUAGUGGAGGCACAAAGCCAAAAUACAAAACUCCAGACUUUUUUGGACAACGUUAUGAAAGAAAAGUUGGGAGACUUGGAUCCCGGCAGUGCAGACAUCUUACUCCACGAGGAGCGUAUUAAAGAACUACGCAGAGGCUACGAAGCUCAGUACAGGGAGCUGCAGGAUCGUAUUGACGAGCUGCAGUCAGAGUUGCAGGAGUUCCACAGUCUUGGACGAGUUAAUUUGACCUGCCACAAGCCCCUCUCUGAAGAGCUGGAGAGCAAAAGCCCCGGCAUGGAGUCUGAUCCAGGAAUCGGUUCAGAGGAUGUUCAGCCCUUCAGCGUGAGCCUUGAGGCAGAGAUGAUGUUGGAGCAGUUGAAGGAGAGACACCUCCAGGAAAUGGGGGAUUUGCAAAACCAGCUGGAAAGCAAGAUCAAUGCAUUUGACGAGUUGGAAGGAAAGCAGGGGAAGACCAACGAGGACCAGAGAGCUGCAGCCCUCCAGUACCAGCAGGAGGUCCAGGCCCUGAGGGAGGAGAUGGCCAGCGUUCAGAGCCACAGGCAGGAACUCCAGAGCCAGCUGGAGCAGGCAGAGCUGGAGCGGACCUUUCUGCAGCAGAAGCAGGUCGAGGAGAGGGAAGAGCUGGAUCUGCAGGAGGAGGAAGUGGGGAAUCUCAGACAACAACUGCUCGAGUCUCACACCUACUCUGCAGACCUGGAGGAGCAGCUGAAGACCCUCAACGCCAAGCAGGCCGAGGCGGAUGAACAUCUUGUGAAAGGAAUGGACGAGCUGAGGAAACAACACGCCGUUGAGAUCAAGAAGCUGCUAGAGGAGCAGGAUGAGCUUUUUGAAGCAAGACUGGAAGAGGAGGGAAAGAGAGUGCAGGAAGAACAGGCUGAGUUGGUUAAGAGAUUGUUGGGUAAUUGCGAAAGGGAAAAGGAGCUAUCGCAGCAAAGACACGAGGAAGAGCUGAACGCCAGACUAGAGGAGGCAAAGGGGAGGUUUGAGGAAGAGCGCGAGGAGACUGUUCAGAGGCUGACGGAGCAGUGGCAGACACAGAGGGCUCAGCUGGACGAGCAGAAUAAUGAGUCUCUGCAGGUGCUGCUGGAAGAAGAGAUGUUGAGACUUGUCAGGGAACAAGAGGAGAAGGAGGGCAACCUCAGGGAGCGGUGGGAGAGCGAACGGGCCCAGCUCGAGGAGCGUCAGGAGGAGGCCCUGCUCAACAGAAUACUUCAAGAAAAGUCACAGGUGCAAGAGAAGUUUGAGCAGCGGGAGAAAAGGCUGAGGGAGGAGUGGGAGAGGCAGAGGCUGCAGCUGGAAGAGGAUUACGAAGGGAUGCUGCAGGAGAGGCUGAAGGAAGAGAGGGAGAAGUUUGAAACCGAGAAGCAGGAGGAGGAGCAGCGAGGCCAAUGCUUAAUGGCAGAGGAGAGGGCUCGUCUAGAGGAGAGCCACCGUGAGGCCAUGAGGGAGCUGUCGGGUAAGCACACCGCAGAGAGGGACGCUCUCCACUGCAUGCUGGAUAAACUACGAGACGACAUCGCUCAGGAGAGGAGGGAAAUCGAGAUCAGCUUCGGCCAGAGAAUCGAGGAAGUGGAGAGUCGUUUCUCAGGUGAUCAACAGUCGGCUGCAGAACGUUUUCAGGCUGAUCUUUUGAAACUUGAACAGCACUACCAAAGUGAGCUGAAGGCUCUUUCUGAGAAGCAUGUCGAGCAGAAGUCCCACUGGGAGGCACAAGUACACGAGGCGCUGGAGAACGCAGGGGAACAAAUAAGAAUGAUGCAGGAGGCUGUGGAGCAAGAAAAGAAGACGCUGCACCAGGAGUGGACAGAUGAACUACAUGACCUAGAAAGUCUCCAUGAAAAGGAAACGGAGGAACUUGUGAUGACAACCCGGCGGCUGCAGAGUGAGCUAGAUGACUUUGUCAGUUCAGCUCAGAGCAAAGAGAUCGCGCUGAGCAGGCAGCUGAAUGACCUCCACAACCGGCUUCAAGGGAGCCUGGAAACCAAAGACCAGCACGUGGCUCAGCUUGAGAGGAAAGCGCUGGAGGCUGAGCUCCUGCUGAGUCAAACCGUGGAGGAUUUCAAACAGGAGAGGGAGGAACUCCUGAGCAGCCAGUCCGAACUUCAGGCAAAAUACGCAGAGUUGCUUUCCAUCUCCGAGGGGCAGAUUACUGAGCGGAUCGAACUGUUAACCGAGCGCGACGAUUUGAGGAUGGCGAUCGAGGAGCUGGAGACGCUGCUCAGACAGGCGGCCGUGGACUUUGAGCUCGAGAGGAAGGAGCUGCAGGAACACGCGUCCAUCCUUGAGGAAAAGUCGGAAAACAACCGAGAGGACGACAGAGAGGGGCUGCUUGCAGAAAGAGAUGUGCUUAAAAUCAGAAUUAAAGAGCUAGAGUUGCUUUUCAAUCAGGUCACAUCUUCUGCAGGAAAGGCUAAGGAAGAAGCAAUUAAUGAAUCAAACAAAAAUGAUGACGUUGAUUUAGAGACCAGUGAAGCCCUCGAUGGGGGGAUCAAGACCGCUGGUCACAACGAUGAAAACGAUACCAUUGAUUAUCGAGACCUGCCCGAAGUCCAUCGAGCUCUUUCUGGAGAUUCAAAUCCCAGGGAAGCUGAAGGAGACCCUGAAGUAGACCGUUGCUGUGCAGGGAUUGAACAUGAAGGCCCUGAAUCAAUGUCUCGUACUGGCCUCCGCUCAGACGUUCACAUAGGAAAUCAUUCAACGGUUGAAUACAAGAACAAGGCCCCAGUUUCCCCGCAGAUGCCUUGUGAGCUGAUCUCCUCCCCCGAGGCGUUUGGAGGUGUCGAUGCUCAUGGAGACGGUGAGAAUAAAGACGCGUGUGUUGUUGUUCCUACUUGGAUCAGUGAAGACCCUCCCCGGGGAGACGAGCCGUGUCAUGAGACCGCGGUGGAUCCCUCGCCGCUGGAGGAGACGGCUGAGGGGUCGCCAGCGGACGCUGAGGUCAGGUGUUCAACAGAUGACUCUCAUCACGGCACACAGGAAAUUGAACUCGUUUCAGACCCAGAAUGGGAACAUUUAACUGCUAAAGAAGAGGAUCAAUGCGCACAUUAUUGUCUGAAUGAAGAUGCCGAUUGUGAGGACCUUAAAGUGAAAGCUUUGUAUAACACCACCUGCCACGAGAACAUCCUUCUGCAUGAGAAGAUUUCUCUGCUUCAACAGAAGACUGAGAUACUAGAGAACCUUCUGGCUUAUAACGCUGAAAAGAUCAAAACUGCCCACCAGAUACUGGAAGAAAACUAUGGCCUCAAAGUCGAGAUGCUACUUCUGAUGGAGCACGUCAAGGAGCUGGAGGUCGAGGCCUCAAAGACGAGCGGCGUUCAGAUCAGGUAUGAAGACUGCCUGUGUGAGAAUGCCAAACUGAAGGACCAAAACGGUGAACUUGCAAAGAGAGUUUGGAGCCUUGAAAGUCGAGUAAACAUUAUCCACGAAUUCCAAGACCAGCAGAUGGCGCUGGUGGACGAGAUCAGCCGGAUGAGAGCGGAGAACGCCGAGCUGUCCAUGUUGUUCGGCGAGCUGGAGAGGCGCCGUGAGAUCCUUUCGACGACCGUCCAAUCGGCGGCGUCUCUCCCGCGGGACCUUCGGACUGUGACUAGUCUGGAGGACAGCUGCGAGGAGUUUGAGGACCAGAACACCAAACUUCGCAGAGCCAUCGCGGCGCUGCAGGGCAAGUCGCAGUGGUUAAAUGCAACGACGCAGGCUCAUAGUUCUGAGGCCAGUCGUCUAGCUGACGAGAACCACGUGCUCAGACAGAAGAUUGCUGCCUUGAAGGAAGAAGACCUGAAAGCGGUCCAGGAGGAGCUGAUACGCACGCUGCAGCACGUGAAAAAUGGGAAGAUUGAGGAUCAAAAGGCGGCAGAGAAUUUUGAGAAACAGAUUUCAAAGCUGCAGCUGCAAAGCCAGCGACUCGAGGAUGAGAAAGUGAUGCUGUUGGAGAAAAAUGCCCAAAACAUUUCUGACAUUGAGAAUCUCCGACAGCAGCUGGCAGAGCUGACAAAGGAGAACGAGAGCAGGGAGGUGCUCGCCACUAAGGAGAAGAACAAGCUGGCAGCGUGUGUGUUUGCUCUGGAGGCAGAGCUGACCAAAGCUCUGCAGGACUCUGCACAGCUGGAGCAGCGCAGCGUCCAGCUGUCACAGCAGCUCUCUGUCCUCAGAGGGAAGGCGGUCCAGGUGGACUCCAUGGAGAGUGAGCUCAGCCACCUGGUGGAGGAGCGGAUAAGUGUGGAUAAGGAGACGCUGAGCCUCUGCAGCCAGCUGGCCGCCGCUCAAGAGAGGGUGAGGACAGUGGAUGAAACUCUUCAGGCUGUGAACCAUCAAAGCGCUCGCCUCAAGUCAGACCUCCGUGUUUCGCAGCAGGAGAGGGAUUCCCUUCAACACGAGGUGGACGUUGUGCACAAGAAGCUGCAGAAUGUUAAUGAUAAAAACCGCGUUUUGGAGAUGGCCUUGCACUCGAGCGGCCUCCAGAGUAAGAGCAAGAAGCUGUACAGAGAGGAGAUGUCCCGGCUGGUGGACCAGGAGCAGCAACUGCUGAGGCAGGAAAACGAAAGGCUUCACGCUGACGUCCUCAACGCCAAAGCAGACCUGGCUCAUUGCAGAGAAAAGGUCCGCCAGCUUGACGCUUCCCUCGUGUCCCUGAAGCAGCACAAACACAUUCAGGCCUCCCUGGUGACGGCCUUGGAGCAGGAGAACGCCUUGCUGAAGCACGAGCUCCAGGCACAAAAGGAGCUCGCCAAGGACGGCGGAGCAGGACUAGGACACUCGGGGCUGGAGGUCCUGCAACAGGAAAACGAGUCGCUCAAAGUCCGAACGUUUCAGCUGUCCACGCAGCUGAUAGCGGCGUAUCACCUUCAUUUGGGGGGACUUGUGCCUCCGUCCCCUCACAGGAUGCCUCGGGGACAGCACCGAGGCGAAGAACCGGACAACAUGCAGGGGCCGAUGCCGGAGCAGCGGGCGGCUCAUGCAGACAGCUACCGGCGGAUCGGUGGACUCUAACGCCGGCGUCUUUCCCCCGCUCUCCACUUUAACAUCUCCUCUCACCUCAAAGAGCGCUCCUGCUUUCCUAACCCCGCUGCCCUUCCUCUGCUAUGUUUGGAUCCAAAGUCUGACUGUGGUUCCCGAUGCCAGCGCCCCCCCCCUUCCUCUCUUAUAGGAGAUCUGUGAACAAAUGCGGUGCCUGAGUGUAAAGGCGUGAAUGUGUAACUGUGUUUCCCCGCUGCCAGGGGGCAGGAAAGCAGAGUUUCUCCCAAUGGGAUGUUUUUUAAGACAUGAAUUUGAAGGCUUGUCAGACACGCCAUAUCCAAUGUAACGACGACAAACGCAGAGCUGUUUGUUGACCGUAUUUGACUUUUAUAAGGGUCCAAUCCUUUUGUGCAUUAAAAAGUGUAUUGUGGUUUUGAUACAGGGAGUCUUUUUAACGCACGAUGGGUUUUCUUGGAAUGUUUUGUUGUUCACUUGUUCCAUUUGCUGUUGUCUGAGACGGGGAGUACACGUCCUUAGAGGCUGAAUAUUGCCUUAUGAUCAUCGAGGACUGUUGAGGUCAGAUUGGUGCCUUUUUCUGGGCCUUUUUUUCAACAAUCAGUGGUGUAAUUUGCCGGGCGGCGGCGCGGUCUGAGUCCAGUAUGAGAUUUCCUGAUUCUGCGCUUUCACUCUUUGUCUUUUGAUGUUGACGUCUGUAUUUCUUAUUUAACACAUUGUUGAAUGUUUCUUCAACCUACGUGUGUGUGUCUGCACAACCAAAGUGAAUAACAUCUUUGUUUUUCUGUUGUUUAUUUCCUAAACAAUGACACAUCACUUUUAGGGGGUUAUUAUUCUUAUUAUAAACCAAUCAUUGUUUGUCCUCAGUAGUGAAAUAAUUAAAUGCAUUUUAAUGUCUUUUAAUGUCUUUUAGUGGGUCUUUCUGCUUUGCACCAUGUACAGACUCAAAUGUGUUUUAUUUAUUUUGAUAGGAAGAAUUAUUUUAUUUAUGUAUUAAAUUAUUUUUGUAGCGGUAUCUGGAAUACACGGCGUAAUUUUAUUUAUUUUAUUUUUAUUUUUUUAGUGUAUCGUAGUUUCUUUUUUAAAAAUGUACCCAAAAUCUUUCAAUGCUGAAUUAAGAUAAAAUAAAGGUUCCGACUCUUAAGAA